AAGGAAAAAAAAAAAAAGCAGCCAUAUUUGAAGUAACUGAACUGAUGGGAGUUUUACUGCUGCAGGGUCCUCUGAGGUUUUUCUUUCCUAUGUGGUUGUGAAGUAGGAGAGUUUUUAUUUUCUUCAUUUUUUUUCUAAUUUAAAAGCAAAGAGAAUGUCUGGCAGAGAUACUGCUGCUCAGGAAAAGUAUAAACUGGUAGUGGUCGGAGGUGGAGGAGUGGGCAAAAGUGCACUGACAAUACAGUUCAUACAGUCCUAUUUCGUAUCAGACUAUGAUCCCACAAUUGAGGAUUCCUACACUAAAGUAUGCGUCAUUGAUGGUAAAGAAACACGGCUAGACAUUUUAGAUACUGCUGGACAGGAAGAGUUUGGUGCAAUGCGAGAACAGUACAUGCGGUCUGGUGAAGGCUUCCUUCUUGUUUUUGCUGUCAAUGACAGGGCAAGUUACAAUGAGAUGAUGAAGUUUCACACUCAGAUACUUCGAGUCAAAGACCGAGAUGAGUUCCCCAUGGUCCUUGUUGGAAACAAGACAGAUCUUGAUGUACAGAGACAGAUAACAAAAGAAGAGGCACAGAGCUUUGCCCGGGAAAACAGAAUCCCAUAUAUGGAAGCAUCAGCAAAACUACGGUUUAAUGUGGAUGAAUCAUUUCACGAAUUAGUCAGAGCUAUUCGAAAAUUUCAAGAGUUUGACAGUCCUCCAAGCCCAGCAGUGAAUCCAAAGAAAGAGCCCAAAUCAUGUCCGUGUGUGAUCCUGUAAUGAUUACCUUCUUAGAGGCUUGCUGAAGCGGGCAGUCAUGAAACAGUGACACUGAAAUAUGGAAGAAGCUGAGACAGUGGAAUGUACUGCUAUACAAACUUUUUUGAUGUGGGAGGGGUGGGUGAUGGGACAGCCUUUCUAUUAUCUGGUUACAGACCUUCUACUGAUGCAGCAGAUAUAUUAUUUCUGUAUCUUGUUUCUGAUUUUUGGGGUGCUGAGUUUUAGUCCAGGUUGGACGGCAGCUUUCCUUUUAUGGUUGUUGCUGACCUGAGCUCAUUACACAAUAAUGGCAGGUCUUGGCAAGGCUGUACUAAACCUGGCAGGCCAUUGUUUGCCACCAGUGUUACAGAGAUAGGCACUUCCCUGCCAACUAAAUCUGUCCAGGGAUACCCAGUCGAACCCAACCCCGGCUGUAGGGACUAUUUUUUCUUUGUCUGCGGAGCUUAGCAUGGUACAUUAGGUUUCCAGAAACAUGUUUGACUAGCUUUGCUGCAGGUCUGAAUUCUGUCAUGUAUUGAGUUUUUAACCUAAGUCAUACAAGGUCAGACAAAUGUAUUUUGUAUUAUAAAAUAUUUAUAUAUGCAGCAUAUGAAACAUAUUAAUACAUUUGUUACUUUUUUAUUGAAUGUGGUGUUUGUUCAUUUACAACUUAAUUCAAAAAUAUGCAAACCUGGAUCUAGUAAAAUGGAUGUUUUUAAAACAUUCCAGUAUAGGUCUUCAGACUUCCAUUUCUACUGGUGACACUGCUCCUGUUCAGUCUCAGUUCUGUAAGAAUGUUUACUGCGACAAGUGACAAUUGCUUAACGGCAGACAUCAUUUGUUGUUAUCGGUUCAUUUUUUUCCAUGGGAAGAACGGUACUGUGCCAGACUGUAAAACAAAAAUAAGACUUAAUAUUAUCAUGCUUUUAGCAUUUUUGUAUACAUGUUUUAAAAUUUUCUGAACGUAGGCACCACUUUAUAUAUAUAACCAAGCACCCAAGAUGGUGUGCCUUAAUGUAACAUUGCCAGCUUACUGUUGUGUAUAGAUAGGAAUAGCAGUGUUAUUUUAGUGUAAAAUUAUUUUAUUGAUUUUAUUGAUGAUGAAAAUCAGGCAAACUACUGUAUGUACAGAAAACUGAUACAUUAGCAGACAUUGCUGUUUCUCAGCUGUGAAAAAAAAUAGUACAGUGGUAUCGAAUAUGGAAUGAGUAAUCUGUUAAAAUUCCAAGUACUUUAAGCUGAACAAGGCGUCUUUAAUUUAAUUGUCUAUGUAUAUGCUUGUUAAGGUGGUGGUUGUGAUACUGCUGAAAAAAUGAAUGUUCUAAUAAAAUUGGUACAUCUUUC